UGGCAAAGGAGUGGCCUGAAUGACCUAAUGUCUCCUCUGUUCUCCUGCCAGCUGAGUUCAGAUGUUGGUAACUAUUUGACCUUUUAAAAUCUAAUCUGACCAUGCCCAGACCUUUCCUUGUUUACCUUUGCUUGUCUUACUGAUUCUUGUUAAGUAAAAUUUGAUACACAUUUGUGUGGUUUGAAAUACACUUAACCCAUUCUUUUCUUGCUGACACUUUUGAUGGUGCUGAUUAUCAAGUAAUCAGUGUUUUAAUCAAGGUUACUGAAUUCUAUUAUUAGAAUAGCUACAUUUCAAAACCAAAGCUUUGACAGUUAAAGAAAUUCCAUGCUAACCAUCUAAAAUCACGCCAUGGAUUUUGGCUUGCUAAGAAAACAGAUCUGUUGAGAACUCUUUUGUGACUAUUUCAGGCUGUUGCUUACUUUUAAUAAUAUAUAAUCACUAUAUAAAAUAACUUUAACUUUGAAUAAAAGUUAGGCAUCUGUUCAGAACUACAUUUGUAAAAUCAGACAAGAAAUAUAUUUGCACAGCCCAGUAUACUGGAGGUAGUAUCCAGGGCUGAGACAUGCACCACACUGUAGUAGUACAUGAAGUGUUGCCCAUUUUCAUAGCAGGAAUGCUGCUUUGUGCAAAUAGAAUACUUUUUUUGACCACAGAUAUCUUUGCAUGGGUGAGAGACAGACUAUCCUGCAAUAGCAUCUUGAAAGAUCUUUGAGAUCCCUUGUAUUUUACACAUUUCAUUGUGCAUUUUACCUGCUCAGUGGAGUGUUUCAUUUCAGGUGUUUGAAUCAGCCUUCCAACACUGCUUCUGAAAUUACUUUUGAAAGCUGGCAUCUCAUGUUUGAAGAUCACACACUUAACAUACUUCCAGUUUUUCAUCUUAGUGGUCAGUCUGUACCAAUAUGAUUCCUCCAAGAGUGGUCAAAGGAAGUGAUGCUAAAAUCCAGAGGUACCAUGUGAAGUAUAGGAUGGGAGUAAUUUGUCAUACAUAAAACUGAAUCCUAGUGAAGUAUUCCUUUUGUCACCUGAAACUUUAGAAAAUCUGUAUUAGCCAGAACUUCAGGGUGGGUGAGAUUUUUUUGUUUGUUUGUUUAUGCCAAGAAUUGUGGUAAUUCUGGAUGUUCUUGUUUUGCUGAGCUCUUUGUUUUCCUGUAGUAUAACAAUGGAUGGACCAGUUUCAAGAUUCACUUUACAGCAAUUCUUCAUUAAAAUUCCAAUGACUAAAUUAACCGUUUGACAUAACUGUCUAAACUGUAAUAUUUAUUAUAAUCAGCUGUAUUUGUAAAUGUUUCCUACUUGGCAUUGAAGAAUGGCUCAGAAGGUGUGAAUUUGUUAGCUCACUGGUGUGAAGGCAGUUUAUGGAAUCCUAGCAGGAAAAUUCAUAAAUAGUGGCUUUAACAGAAGAACUUCAAGAACUUUUGCACCUGGCUGUUUCUCCAGGUUUAUCAGUGAGUUGUUUACUGACCUUGUGUGUAUUCUUCAGCUUUUAUUUGCAGACUGUAACUCUUCAAACUAUUUACUAAAUAAAGCUGGGAGGAGAAACUUUCUGUUUGUCUGUCUGUCCCUAGUCUCCCUUCUCAUGGCUAUGGGGAAUUGGGAAGGGUUAAAUGAGGUUUCAGGGUCAGAAUUAGUUAAAUCUCCUGCUGGUUUUCCUAUAGAUUUCUCCUGUGGCAGCUGAAACGAGCACAGUCUGUGAUAUUUUUUUUCAAUACUGCUGAGCACUUCUGAGUAUCAGUAAUGGAAUGGGCUCACUGUUCUGUUUGCUGCUGUUGGUUGUCAGAGCUGUGGGCAGCAGCAAAAUGAAGGCAUGGCCUGUUGAGAGCAUGGCUGUAUAAGCAGCUUAACUCAUCUAAGCUUCUCCCUCUGCCUGAUAACGGGAGUUCUUCCUUUUCCACUCCAUCCUUGCUGGGUUUUGCAUUUUGACUGCUUCCCUCGUGUUCUGCAGUCAGCUGCAGCAGGGACCUGAUCUGUUUUAUUUUAAAACAAGCGAGAAGGUGAACAAACUCAUCUUUUAUGGAAAGUCCACUUAGGGUGGGUGAACUGUAAAGAAGUGCCCAACUACAAGCUCAUCAGAGCUGCAGUUCUCAAAAAUGGAAAAGUAUCAAAGCACUUUCACUGUGGCUAUUUGUUAGGAACUCUUGGCAAAAGAUUUGAUCAAAUUUUUUAUCUCAAUGUAAGAAAAUUUUAUGAUUGAUGAUUGAUCUCACUGUAAAUUUUUGAUUGAUCUCACUGUAAAUUUUUUACAGUGAGAUCAAUCAUUCACUGGAACAACCUCCUCAAGAACAUGGGGGGAUCCCUGUAACUAGAGGGUUGGUUUUGCAAUUGGGUGCUAGAUAACCUCAUCAGGGCUGCCUUCCACGCAAAAGGUUGGACCAGACAAUCUUUUGACAGUCCUUAGCUGCUCUAUGGUUCUAUGAAACUGUUUGUAUGGGUGAAGCAAUCUAUACCAGAAAUACACAGGGUGGAGGUGCACCUGCUGAUGGACAGCACACUGGGAUCUCUCCAGUGACUGCUGCAGUGUAUUACAUGUGUGAAUGAGUUACCAGACCUAAAAAGCAUCAGUGGUGUAUUUUUUGCAUUAGAAGACUCCUCCUCAUUUUCUGUGUCCUGUAGUAGGUGUUCAGGUUUGUGGGGGAAUAGGGGAACACCCUUUCAAAUCUUCCAAGAACAAAAUGUUAGACACGUUAGAUUCUGUAGAGGAUCUGUCAGUUAUGAAUGAAGUUUUCAAGGGCUAACUUUAUUUUAUUCUGUGUAUGCUUCUGACACAAGAUAAAUCACAUCUUCAAACACAGUUAAUUGCACACACAAAUUGGACACAUCAAUUUGGCAUGUGAGUUUUAGGACCUUCAGUAUGAACAUCCUCUGAAUUGCUUUUUUUACAUGCAUUUUUGUGCUUCCUACUCGGUCGAAUGGGUGUUGCACUGACUCCCUUCCUAAGGAGUAGAAGAGCAACAACAGAAUUACUGUUUUAGUUUUGGGACCUGGCCUUGUGUUUUUACAGUGCUGGAAAGUGCAAAAAAUUGUUUAUAAGUAUGACCUGAUAUUGGUAGGUAUGGAUUUAUGCUGUGUGAUUGAUCAGCUGUGACUUGGAGCCUCACUGUGAUCCUUAUUUCCUCAUAAAUGACAGUUUGAAUUAGAUGUUAGUUCACCUUCCAGUGUUUUCUCCAGUUAUGAUGUUCAGAAUGCCUCCGUCCUCUAGAUCAGUGUGCUUCCUCUAGGGAAACUGCCGUGAAUUUAAGGUUUUCUACUGCUCAGUAGUAGUUGAUUGGAAGGGACCAUGAGUAAAAUUGCUGGACUAGAGGUCACAAGGGAUGCAGAACUAGUUCCCUGGGAGGUUGACUUUGGUGGCAGAUACAGUCUGGAAAGUUCACACUUCCUUUCUGUGGCUGUCCUGGGGAGCAGAGUGGCAGAGAGGAGAAGGGAGGUGAGUGGGAAAGGGACACAGCUGAAGUGCAGAGCACAGAACUGCAUCAGCCACAUCAGGGGGCUGAUCCCCACUCAAGGGUGGGCGGCAGUGGCAGGAAAGGAGGAGAAAUUCCUUGACUCCUCUUCAAGGCUGAAGUCAAAACGUGUUUUGCUAUACCCUAAAUGUGUAAAUGAGCUUUGUGGGUAGGUUUGUUCAAAUCCUACUCAGAAGAAAAAUUUAGUGCAAUGCAGUAAAAUAAUGUGUGCAUCUUCAUGUGUUUGGAAAUUCAGGUAAAGUUGUGUGAGAAAUAAUGGACGUGGGUGUUGAGAGAAGGAAAUUAGAGUAUUUAGUAUUUUAAAUUCACCUUUUUUUAACCCUGGUUUGUAGGGCUCUUUACCCUUAUGUUUUACUUCAGCUGCACUGUGGAUUCUGGUGGUGUACAACUUUCUGUAUGCUCUCUUUAUGCGAUUCCCCAGUGUGACAGAAAACUUAAUAAAAUCUCUAAAGGAUUUGUGCCUCAUUAUCUUUUGCCUAGUUACCAUAUAAUUCAAUAAUAUGAAAUAUGUGUUUAUGACUCUUUCAUAACUUCUCUGCAAUUUGAUUUUGGGUUGACUGGAAAAUCCCAUUAAAACAUGCUCUGAACUGUUGUCAUAUAUGCAUUGCUCCAGGGGAGGACAGGCAGGGUGGAAAUUUAUAUUAAAGCAUGCUGACGGUGUGUAAAUGCUUGGAAGAGAAGGCUUUGUUUGCACAUUUCUCUGGCUUAGUUUAGCACUUCACAAAGGAAUUACUUUUUAUUGGUUUGAGGUUAAUUUUUUUAAAUUAAAUGGGGUGUUAGACUUGGGCCUACCAAACAAGUGCUAAAUGCAGUUUCUGUACUGGGCAGAAUGUUGCCUCAUCACAGAAAAACAAAAUAAACUUCAUUAAGUAGUAAUCUUAUGUUUGCUGUAGAAUUAUUGCACGCAAAAUAAAGAUACCAAUGUGAAAUUACCCAGGUUCCUUUUUACUGCAAAUUGCACAUUCUGAGAUCUAGAAUCUUUCUGGGGUUUCUUAAUAGCUACUUGAAAAAUACUGGUAGUUUAGGGGUAGUCUGAUUUUUAAAAGUAGCUGUUCCUGCUUGCCUUUUGCAAUAUUGUAAUAAUUCAAAGAAAAACUUCAGUGAGUUGAGGAAAACCUUUUUCAAAUGUAUGGAAUUGUCAGGAAUCUCUUUUUCUGCGGAAAGAGCAGACUUGAAUAUUGGAUACAGAUUAGUAGAGUUGGAGGCUGAAUCUUGUACGGCCAGUUUGUGUUAUUGGAAAAUCUGUAAAGGUAUUAUUUGUGACACUUGGGUCAUAGUUUUGCUUUAUAUCUGUGUUGGGGAAGAAGGUAUCUGUAAGAGUUUCAGAGCAGGAUAAAUGGUACAUUGUUGGCUUUGAUCUUGUGACCUUUUCUGAGCUGAUAAACACUGUACCUGUAAUGAAAUGACAUUUUUGUGAAUGGACUGUGUCCAGAGACUGUUCCUUGGCCCUUCUCUCACAACAUCUAGAGAGGUAUAAUCUAAAAUAAAGGUAGUACUCUUUACUUUUUUUUUUCCUUCCCAACUAACCCAUAUAUGCUUUUAAAAGGCAGAAAGCACUGUGGUACUCUACUUUGUACUUAUUAUGAAUGCUUUGAUGUGUUGAUUUGGGAGACCAGAGGCAAUGAAAAAGAGAGAUUGUAGGUAGUGAGUAGGACCUUUAAAGAGACCACAUGCCAUCUAUCAACUCAAUUUCUGGUUGUGUCAUGGUGUUAUGUGCUGAUAUUUACUCCUCUGGUCCUAGUCCAGUUUUAAACCACUUUGGAGAGGAACUGGAUGUAGUAACCCAUUUCAUACUGAGCUCUGGGCUCCUCUCCUUUCACAGCCAGGUCUGGAGAAUUGUGUUACAGUAAUCACCAAAUCUCACCCUCUUUAUGGAUUUCCUUUUUAGAUGUCUUAAGUUGUUUCUGCUUUUGUCUUGAACAGCAUCCUAUGGCAGCAAGUUCCAUGAAUUAUACACUAUGUGAAAUAUCAGGUGCUUUGGCUGAUUUACGUUUGUGUCAGUUGAGGUCAGUGGGUGCCCUCCAGUUUCUCACGUUGUGAGAAGUAAUGGUUGGCUGCAAUGUGUUGCAUGUGUUACAGUUAGAUCAGCUGAAGGUCUGCCUUCUCUGAACUGAAAGGUUUGUUAUAGUGAUGAUUUAAACACAAAGGAUAUUUUCCUUCUCUCCAAAUAAAUAGCAACAUGUAAUUUUUCAUUCAUUUACAAUGCAGUUUUCAGCUGAAGUUGGGAGCUGCUGACUAUUCCUCAGUUUGUUGUCUGUAAAACAUCAGGAGAUGGUCUGAACUACAAAAUCAAAGCUGGCCUGUUUGCAAUCUAGAGAACAGAUGCAAAUGUUUCAUUUGUAUGAAAACAGGGACAGAAUAGGGGAGGAAAAUAAGAUAAAAUGCACAUUCAAAGCUCCUAAUUUAGGGAGGCUGUGAGUGAAAACAUUCUGCAGUAUUCUGGUACGGUUCUUGUGGGUUUUUUUCUUUAAAAGUGCCAGUAGGUCCAUUGAUUAUUUUAUCUUACUAUAAAUUUAAAAUAAUACAUGAUAGAUAUUCAAUAAGUACCUGUCACUUUACUAGUACAACACAGGAUUUUAUCAAUGCAUUAUGUAACACUUCAACCACGUGUGAAUGUGUACCAAAGGGAUCAUGUACUUUCUCUGGCUUAUUCUGUAUUGACUUUGUGUGUUGCUUUAUUAUUAUAGAAGCUGGUAACAUUUUGGAGAGGAAGUUUUUGAAAGUAUCAGUAAUGGUGAUCAUAAACUAGAUGUUAAUUUUGGAAUCUGUGAGUUUCCACUCCUUAGGGGGGUGUGUAAAGAAUGUGCUUUUUUUGUUUGCGGAGGUGAGGGCUGGCUAGGUUGUCUCAGUUCCUGGAUUAGCUGUCUCUGUGUGUCUCUUUUUCUGGUGUUUCUGAGAAACUACUCCAGUAUUUCAGGUUUUUAGCCUUAGACUGGGCCCUGUGGUGUCCUGUGUAUUAGCAGGAUAUAAUUUCCUCUUCAAGAACUUAAUUUUUGAAGACCAAAGACAAGCACAGAGACUACUUCAGAAAUCUCUUUGACUGUAUUAUUUUUUUAUUUUUGAGAGGUUUUAUUGUUUCAUUUGUUUUUUGGUUUGACGGAGAGCCUCACAUUACCUUUGUUUUUGUCAGCUUAUUUAUCAGAGUAAUUUUGUAGCCUCACAGAACAUUUUUCCCAAACGUUCACUAUCACCACAUAACAACCUUUGGCUCUUUACUGAGAAAUCAUUUUUGUAGAGGUUCCUUCCUCCACUACUUACUGCUGAGUGUGGUCAUACAGUGCACGUUUGGUGUAUCUGCAGUAGCAUUUUGGUUCAGAUUAGGAUUCUUCCAAUUGUCACUACUUGCUGUGCUUUGGUUUGCAUUGCAGAAACAUUUCAAAACACUCAGACUGAGAUAUUUUUGAAUGAAGGCAAACCAGAAGAUAAGCUCUGCAGUCCCAGUGCCAGACAGUGCUCAGCUCAUGAAAGCAAGUUAAAGCUACCCCAAAGUAAAAUUAUUGACCUGUGUUGUGUAAGUGUUACGUCCUCAGCAGAGAUGAAAGCAAAUUAGAGCUGCCCCAAAGCAGAAUUCUUGACCUGUGUUGGGUCCUCAGCACCAGCUGUUCAGCUCUUCAGGUGCACUCCUAGUGCUCUGCAUUCCUAGCUAAUGGGAGUGUAGUCAGGAGAUCAUUAUUAUGCACUUAGAGGUUAUUAUUCAUGGCCACUGAAAUUGCUUCAGAUAAAGAGUCCAGCUAUUCAAGACUGAGUUAGAAUAGAUGAUAUCCAAGUGGUUGACAAGUUAGAUUUCUCAGCUGGCUCCCAAACACUAAUUAGGGCAGGGAGCACUAGAUCUAGAGUCAAGCUGUGUUCCUGUCUCUGUUACCUUUUCACCUUUCCCACCAUUAAUCUGACUUCCCCUCCAUUCCCUAACUUAUCCUUGCUUAUCCUUGUUAUCCAGCCGCUCCCCCAUAUGACAAUAUUCUGACAUCUCCCAUGUGCUGGCAGUGCCCUUUCCCGGUUCUCACCUCUUUAACCUACUUGAGUUGUCCCCUUGUAAAGGGCUGUGGGGCUGUGCCUGGUCCUGGACAUGGUGUUUGCUUCCUGACUGCCAACUUCCUGCCUGCAAAAUAGAUAAUGGUUUUCAGCUGCCAAAGGCACCGUGACUGCUGAGAUAACUGCUGCAAUUGGUAAACCCAUCCUCACUUCACUGAGAGCAUUAGUGGGUUUUCUCUGUUCUUCUUGGUCAUUGAUUUUCAUGGAAAAUGUGUGGGAGCACAGAAGAAAUCUCAGUGUCAGAUUUAGUUAAAAGGUACAGGCAGAGGAACAGAAUUUGGAAUAGAUAAGUGACACAGCAUCAGUUUUGUGUCCAAACAAAAUCAGGAGAAAAACACAUCCUACUGGGAAAGCUUUGUUUAAUUGUUUAUCAUUCUCACUUGAAAAAGGAGAGGAAUUGGUUAUUGUUAUAUCAGCAUUUCAAUGAAUUAUCAAGUUAAAUGCUCUAAAUUUGAAUUCCUAUGGCAUAGGAGAUUGUAUAACCUAAAGCAAUGUCUUUUGACAGUAGCUUACAGAAGAGUGAGGUGUCUGAAAUUCUACUCUACAGGCUGCUCAGAAAGGCAUGGUCUCUUGAGGGUUGGUGGAAUUCUGGUUUCCACACAGAUGAUUAUGUAAGUGUUCAGUUAUGCCUCCCAGGAACUGCCCCACAUCAUCCCCAGGAGUUUUAAAACAAUGCAAUCCACCAAAAUUCUCCCCGUCUGUAAAGAGUUUUGUUACUUCUCCUGCCAAAUGUCCUGCUUGCCAAGAUGUAUCAGGACAAUGUUUUUGUUUGGUUUUUAAAGGGAAGGGAAGGAAGAGAUAGCUUAGAUUAUAGCAAUUCCCCCUUUGAACCUCUGGAACUAUAGAGAAAAUAACCAGCCAGAAUAUUGCCACAGCUUAAACAGAACAAAAAGCACUGAGUGAAGAAGGGGUAAUGAAGAUGAGGCAGAAGCUCAGACUCCGUCUCUCCAGCUGCAGUUCUGUCCAGCUGCAGUCCUGAGGAGCUUCCUUCUCUCUGUUCACAGGGUGGUGUUGUGCCCUGUGCAUGCUCAUUCCGACUCGCUUUGUUCUGGAUGUUCUGUAUCCCUGGAGCACAUGACAGUGAGGGAGAACAGUGCAGGCAGUUUGUGUGCCCUCAGUCACAUCCUCUGUCCUUUAAUGACUUGAUAUUUGCAAGUUCCCGGCCUGACAGCAAUCACCAUGGAUAGUGUGUUCUUAACAGAGGACAAAGCCAACUCUGUGUUAAAAAGAUACCCAAGAGCCAACACGUUUCUGGAAGAAAUAAAGCAAGGUGACAUAGAACAUGAAUGCAGAGAAGAAAUCUGUAGCUAUGAAGAAGCAAGAGAAGCGUUUGAAAAUGAGGAAAAAACGAAAGAGUUCUGGAAAGUCUACAAAAACGGACUCCAGGGAGAAAGUAACACAGGACAUAGCUGGUAUUCAUUUUACCUUGCAUUUCCAUUAAUCAUUGGCCUUUUUGUUAUCCUCAUUGUCGUUUUUGUCAUCUGGAGAUGCCUGUUUAAAAAGAAAAUGCGCAGGCAGUCGGUGUACGUGCACAGGGGAGCCCCCGGAGCGCUGGGCGAUGGUGCUGAUGGCAGAGGGCCCCUCCCGCCGCCUCUCAGCAUUGUUCAUUCCCCGCAGGAGGAAAUGUAUGAAGUCAGUGGGCUCUCUCCAGGAGGUCUGAGCUAUUCGGAUGCACGGUCAGACUCAAUAUCCACAAGGCUCUCAAACUGUGAUCCUCCUCCUUCCUAUGAGGAAGCCACUGGGGAAAUCAGUGUGAGAAGAAGCGAAACUGAACAGCAUUUAGAUCCACCCCCACAGUACGAAGACAUUGUGAAUUCCAGUUCAGCCAGUGCCAUUGCACUAACCCCCAUUGUUACCAGUACCAAGUAAAACAAGAAGAAUGCCAUGGACCUUUUAAAAAUCAUUAAUCAUUUUGUAGCACUUUAUCUUGGCUUAUUAUGCAUUUCUGUAAUUUAAUGGACUUGUAUACAAUGAAUUUCACCUUUUUUAGGUUCACUCGUUCUUUGGGUUUGGGAUCUUUUUUCCCCUCUCGAAUGUCUUAAAAGACAAGGAAUCUGUAUGGAGAGUGUAGUGCAGAUACAGAUGUGGUGCUCUGUCAUACUUCUCAAAAGUACCUCUGUUUUGAAGGACAUCACUUGUUUUAUUCCAAACACUGUCCACAUUCCCCACAAGAUUUGUGGGAUUCCCCUCCCCUUUCUUACUGCAGACUGUUAGAAUUCCCUGCAAUAGGGAAUCCUUAAGCAACAUUUUAAUAGUUAUUUACACUAGAGGGGACUGAAUUUGCAGUAUUUUCUCUUGUCUGGUUUGUUCCUUUUUCUCACCUCGAUUUUUUUUAUAUGCUGCACCCUCUCCUGGCCCUCAGGAGGCUGGGAGCCUUUGUGUUCAAACCAGGAUCUCGUGUAGAGAAUGCUGGUGUAACAGCAAUAAUUCCAGAGUCCUAGCAGGAGAGGUGUAUUCUAAAGCUUUUGCUAUUACAGCUCAAAAUUCUGUAAAUGCUUAGAAGCUGACAAUUCAAGAUACUAAGUGGUGAAUUUGAUGGUGUAAGUUUUUGUCUGUGUUCUGCCUUUCCUGUUUUCCUAUCUGGUUUUACUUUUGUAUUCUAGAGGUGAGAAGUGUGCAUAUGGUAACUUCAGAACUUGAAAGUUCAUGCAACAGUAAUAGUGAAGUACUCAAGAGUGGAUAAAAUCCUGAUUGUGGAUUUCCUACUGCGAUUUUCACUGGGACCAGGAUGUAAUCUAUAAGCACAUACACCCAAAGGCAUUACUUUCCUUUUUAAAGGGAGAAAAGGAAAGAAAUUCAGUGUCUUCCUUUUUUCCCCAAAUAUGAAAACCUUCCUCAAGGUUUUGCCAGCUAUAAACCCUUUCCUCAAGUUCUGAUACUCCCUUGUCUACUGACAUCUACCUUGUGUACACCUUGUACUGGUGCCUGUGUAAAUUCUUCGCAGAGAAUAUAAAUAUCUUUUUUUCAACAACAAAUAAAUUUAUUGCUUAUCCAUUCCAACAAGGAAUUUUAAGAACAUGCAGGCAUAACCCCAAGCAUUAGUGUGGGUUGACUUUUUGAGGCUGAAGAGAUGGAUGCAAGUUACAUACAGGCUUGUACAGAAUUUCAUCCACUUGGUUUAGGUGGUACAAAUUCUAGUGUGGUGAUUCUUCUUUUACAGGUUGAUUUAAAAGUUAAUUGCUCAGUUUAAUUUCUGAAUACUAAGUUUCAGUUAUCUUUCUUCCCACACCAAGUAGCAUGGCAAUAGCUUAGUACUGUGCUUUGUUCUACUAAUCAAUUAACACCAUUUGAAACGUGUUGAGCCCUGAAGGACUAAAUUAUGUUAUGUUGGCUUUCUUACAACAGAAACCCAAACUGUCUUGUUUCAAACACCUCAGAUGAAGUGCCAGUGCCAUCUGUUUGAAAUUGCUCUUAAUGCCCCUCUUAUGGGCUCUUAUGGCCCAACUGUUCCCAAAGGAUUGUUGGGAAGGAGACUGGAAGGAAUUGGAUGGUUAUAGAUGGGUGUGUAAGUGUUCACUUUGAUAAGAAUAUGAUUUAACCUAUUGACAAGUGCAGUCAGGAGUUCUCAUUUUUGGCAGAGUAGGUUGCCUUUGUUGCCUGCUGGGGAUCUUCAGCUGCUAAGGCAAGUUGUAUUAGAGAUGAUCUCCUGGCCAAACUCCUGGCUCCCUUGUCGAAACAGUAAUUCGUAUUUACAUUCAUUAUAUAUAAUAGAUAUAUUAAGAUAAGUAGAUAAGUACAGUAUAUUUUGGACACUUGUAGUAAAAAAUUGCCUGGGUUUUGUUUGUGGACGGUCAGACCUUUUCUUUUGAAGUGGUUUUAGCUCUUGUGAAUCCUGAAUUGCCACUUGGGGAAGUUAAAGCUCCUUUCAAACCGAGCAAGAGUUAAUAAAGAAACUGCUUUAGGCAGAUUCAGCAGAACAAAGUGCCUCAUCCCAGCAUGCAGGAAGCACCUCAGGAAGAGCUGGUACUUCCAUGUCUGUGCCAUAUUGGCACCUCCUGUGCCUGCCAGCACAGAUAGGAGUUUUAGCAGUAACUUCCUUGUCAGGAUAUAGGACUUUCCUGUAGGAAAUGCAUGGAGAUCACCCAUAUUGCAUUAAGUUGUUGAGCAGCUGUCAUCAUCCCUGAACAAGGGCAGUCUGCUUUAGUAGCUUACAGAUGAGGUGGCUUUUCCCUUCUUUGUGUUUUCUUUACUCUGUAUUCCACUGCCCCUUUUGAAGGGUUUGUUUGUGGCUCCUAAGUUGAGUAUAUUACUUUAUCCUGUUACUAUGUCCUGUAGAUACUUUUAUGUGCAAUCCAAAAUUGAUGCUUGCCGUUCCAAAAGAAGUCACAACCAAAAACUUAGUGAUCUAUAAGCUAAAUUAAUUAGACAAUGCCUUUUCCGUGAGUACAUGAGUAUGAAAGCCAUUGCGGGCUAUAAAUUUUUGUCUUGAUGAAUAAAUUUAAUAUCUAAACAAAACCUGUGUGGGACAGUUGUGCAAAUGCAUUUUCUCUAAAACGUGAACAGUUUUCUCCAUGUUGGAAUAGUGUCAACUUACAAAUUGUUUGUUCUGUUUUGUGAAAUGUGGGAAAAUAGCUUAGUUUUGUGGUUGGCUUUUCUAACCAGAUUGAAAAAUAAAAUUUUAUUUGUACUGGGGUUUUUUACAGCUUUUUUUAUUUCUUUUUGUUUUACCUAUCCUGUAAUUGCGUUGUCAUGCAAUAAAUAUAAAUUUACAGUCAUACCUCUCUAAGGUUUUGCAGCUCUGAAUGCAGUGCUGUCUUGACUGAUGACAUGAAUGGUCAGGAUACUGCCUUUCCCACUUCUGAAUGUAACACUGAAUUUCAUCUUGUAUUGGGACUGAAAUGAUUUAGCUACUAAAACUAACUUAAAGGUGGCACUGUUUUAAGAAAUUAUGGAAAUUAAUUAUUUGCUUAGAUGAUAUUAACAUUAGUGAAGGUUGUUCUCUCUUCACUGGAUAUAAAUAACCUCUGAUUACAGUAUUGUAUAUUUUAAAGGGGUUUGGUUUACAUUAAAUGAUCCUAUUUAAACAUUUUUUGCCGAUGUUUAUAGAAAAUUUUUUGUAACAUUUGUUUUUCAAUAUGCUAAAUAAAAAUUUUUAAGAUGCCUCUAAUGUUUCAAAACAUCAAUUUUACGCAACUACUGUGAGUAUUAACUUUGUGUAUUUAAGUGGUCUUUUAAUUUCCAUUGUUCUAUGGACUUAAUCCGUUUCAUGAAUCAAUUGUUUUGAUGAUAUAAAAUACAGUCAUAAUUUUGUUUGUGGGUAGGCAAUUCUACUGUUUUAAAAUUAAGGCUCAGUUUUUAUCAGAGUUGUGAAUUUGUAUUGUUUCCUAUUUUUAAAAAAAAAAACAUUUAACACUGAGAUGAGCUCAUUUGCUUAGUCUGGUGUUAAUAACACCAAGGCUGUGGUUCAAUCCCUGUAUGGGCUGUUACUUAAGAGUUGGACUUGAUGAUCCUUCUUGGUCCCUUCCAACUCAGAAUAUUCUGUGAUUUGUUGUAGCCAUAACAGAAUAAGUCACAGUCUGAGGGAAAGGAAACUAGCAAAAAAUGUUGGAGGACCUAAUUUCAAAGUUCCCUUCAGCCACUUGAAAGUGGUGACAGCAUGCCAUGUCAGCUCUAGGAAUGAUGGAUUAACAGAGAACAAAACCAAACCCAACCUUGUGUAAUAAUCCCUGCUGAAAACUGGAGGUCUCCAUUCCAGGCAACACAAAGUGGUGUCAUCCCUUCCCACUCUGGUAAUCAGGAUAAAGUGUCCCUGGGAUUGUCCAGCAGGGCAGGGUGUGUGGGAGAGGCUGGAGAAGCCCAGGGCGAGGUUUGCAUCUCAGGGCUGUGAACUCAAGUGCAGUUUUGUGCUGCUCUGAACAAAAGGGCAAAGAAAGGUUCUUGAAGCAGCAAAGGGCAGUGACUCCCCAGGCUGUCAGUGCAGUGUGGGCCUGUGCUCCUCUUAGGAAGCUUUCAUUUGUGUAGCCCAGGCCAGCACCAUCCAGCCAGGACACUGCCUGGGUUAGGUGGGGCUCGCUGUGCACACACACAGUCGUGUCCUGCCACACAUCCGUCAGCACUGUGUGCCCGUGGCUCAGCCCUGCAGGCCUGGCUUCCAGCUGCGGGAGCAUGGGGGAUGCUGCACUGGGGUCAUGAAUCUCAGUGUCUAUAAAAAUCAGAUCAUUGUGCAGGUUACCAGUGAUGAAUGCUCGUUAUUUAUUGUUUCUCGUGCCCAGAGCACUGUGCUGUGCUGCUCUAAAUCACACUGAUAGAUUUCUUUUUAUUUUCUGCAUAAUGUGAGCUUUGUAAAUGUCUCCUAGUGCCACUUGCUGAUUUUUAAAAAGAAGGAAAACCAUGUUCAGCUGAAAGCACUGAGGUGACAUCUGUACUUUUUCAUUGCUUGCUGCAUGCACAUUUGAUUGAUUUGCUACAGGGUAAUUGAACUUUGAAUUUUGCCAGAAAGUUGAAGUACACUUUUCUUCUGCAGGGGUAUCUCAGUAAUUGUAUUUUUCAUUUGGCAGUGAGUUAUUGAGUGCUAAGUAAGAAGUCAGUGCAGGAAAGGUCUUGCUUAUGCUAUCACCAUGUCUAUCUGUCUGUAGUUAGAUACAGAUAUCUCCAGCACAUAUAUUAUACAGGACUUGCUUACCAUUUAGAUCUGUGCAAAUGUUUGUUGUAAUAUCAGAUCUGUGUCCUCUUUGCCUGUCCUCUGUGUGUGUAUCCUACAAUAAAGACACACUGACACACUGUUGUUUUCCCCUUCAGGAACAAAGAAUAAGAAUCAAAGUGACAAUUUUCAGCGUGCUCUGCUGUUUCCUUCUCCUCUUGUGAAGCACUGUACAUUACUGUGUGGCUCCCAGAGUUAGCUGAGGAGCUUAAAGCAAGAAGCAAACAAGUAUUUAAAAAAUUCCUUUUGAUACUGCCAGCAAUGAAAUCUCUGCAUAAGGAAUAAUCUGUACCAGAUUGUCUCCCUGGCCUUUCCUGUGGUGUGGGAUGUGUUUUCCUGCACAACAGACCCUGGAUCAAUUCCAUGGGUCAGAGGCUCCAAUUUGAUUUUUCUUUAUUUUCUCACGCAGCUCUUGCCGCUGGCAGCGGCGCAGCAGCCGCUCUCGGCUGUGCACAGGGACUCUGAGCUGUUUGUUUGGUGACACACGUCUGUACAUAAGUGGCUCUGGGACCCAGGUUUCCCUGCUUUCUCCCCUGACCUUGCUGGUCUGCUCACACCCAGGCCAGGCAGCAUUCAGUGCUGGACAAGGAGCUGAGGGGAUGAGCAGCGUAUGGGACCAGAGGCAGGUGUCACCCUGCUGUGGCACACAGUGGGGCACAGUCUGUUAUCACCUGUGGCCUUUUCCCUACCAGUCUGAAUGCAGCCACCUCAUGUGGGUUGUUUCCAAGAUUAAAACCACUGCAGGCAGCAUUUCCUGCCAGAACUUUCUGUGUAGAAUGGUCCUGUCAAAGAAAGCAAGGGCGAUGCUCAAACAUUUUCCCCAGCUAGUACCCCUAAACUCUCUUAGCACAAGUAGUUUAUUGCCAUUUACUAUUAGAAUUACUAUUUUUAUUCCUUUCCUUAUGCUUUUGUUGUGUCUGCUUUUCUGUUCAUGGUUGUAUUCUGACCAUAGGUUUUUCCGUAAAGAUGGGUAACGGUAAAAUAUACAUGUAAUCAUGAGAAGCUACAUGUUUUGUUUUUUUUUUUUCAUUUUUCUGUUUCUGGGUAAGUUGGGUUUUUUUCCUCUUACCUUGCUGGUUUUGGCAUUUUGUUUAAUAAAACUGUGAAUAAUUAUACCUCCUUUUUCUGCUCCCCCUAAAAUCUUUCACAUGCUUCUUUAGGAAAGUGCCUAGCAAUUGAUGUUUUUAUUGUGCAGAUUCUCUAAAAGAAAUGUGGCUUUGAAAAUCAUUUCUAAGGUUAUUUUCUCUUCAAUCAUUUUUUUCAGCCUUAUGAAGUGUUACUUGUGGCUUAGUUUCCCUUUUCUUGCCUAGUUGUGCUUCCACCCUUGUUACCUUCCAGCCUUUCCACACAGGCAGCUUGGCUCCAUGAAAACACCCAUCUCCACUGGCAGGAAUGUUAAAAAAGGGGGGUUCUGCUCUGCCCAUUCCUUUCAGAUUUCAGCAUUUACUGCAUAACCCAGCAUUGACUUCCUGACAAUUGUUCACAAAUCCUGAUCCCAGUGCCAAGUUGUCAGCAAACCCCCAGCCCCUGAGGAGGGCUGGCUCUCACCCUGACCUUCACCCACAGCCCUGGAGCAAGGAUUUGAACUUGAGCUGCCUCUAUUGCAGGGCAUUAGGCUGCUCUGAAUAUUAGACUGAGCUUGCAGUCUUUAUCUUUCUCAAGCUUCAAAAUCCUUUGAAAUUCUCUAUACUAUAUGCAGAUCCCUGGGUAUAGUGAAUUUAAACUACUUAACAUAGACUUAAUUUACUUACUUACUUCUUAUGGAUUGUUGGAAAGCAGACCAAUAUAUUUCUAUUAUGGGAUAUCAUAGGGUGUCUGUUUGAGCUGCUCUCUUGAUUUUUUUUUUUAUAUGCUGGUGACACCAACCUUGGUAUUACACUUUAUGGAUCACAAAUUUCAUAUGGAACCUGAGAAAUCUUCACCAGUGUAGGUUUUGUUUGUUUUUGACAAAAUAGCAUGAUCCCAUAAGCAAUUUUAGCUUCACUGAAUUACUGUUCAGUAUAGAAGUGUUUAUUAAGAAAAUUCCUGAGUAGCAGCAGUUGAUGGUUUUAUGAUUGACUACAGUGAUGUCUCCUAGCAACAUGACUGAAAAAAGAUCAUCCCAUGUUGCUCAUUUGUCCAGAGAUUUCCAGAUUGCUGCGUUUAUCUUGAUGAGGCUGACUAAGUCAUCUCACUUCACCAGUACUCCCUGCACCACAUUUUGUGCCCAUUUUGUGUUGAAAAGGGUUCUCCAAAGUCCCACCAAAGGUGUAAGGCCUUUUCCCAGAGUCCUGUUUUGGGGUGUGCAAAAUCCCCCCCAAGCAGCUGAGUAGUGCUGCCUCACAUCCCCAGAGCGUUCCCUUCCCAUGGCCUGCCCUUUCCCAGGGCUCUGGUGUGCCAGGGCUUGCAAUGGCUGGAGGCCUGUGGAGUUCACUUUGUUGUCUGACACAGGAUUUCAGCACCAGGUACAGCCUGUGGACCUUUCAUCUGGCACCUCCUGUGUGCUGGUGACAAUGACAAAC